AUGGCCAACUCCGAGUUACCAUCGUCGGAUAUUUUUGGCGUCGAUGGUGACCAGGAUGCCAGUGGGAGUGGUGACAAAAAGAAGCAUCUCUUUUUGAAAGACAUCCGCGCAAUGUUGUACGGCUUUGGCGAUGUGGAAAAUCCUCUACCAGAAACGGUUGCUAUGGUUGAAGAGAUCGCGGUGCAAUACAUUCUCGACAUGACACGUAGAUCAAUGGAGAUUGGUCGAGUGGGCAAAAUAACGGUAGAGGACAUCGCCUACCUAGUGCGCUCUGAUCCACGAAAGUUUUCGCGGGCGAAGGAACUCCUCCUACUCAGUGAAGAACUCAACAAAGCCAAGAAGGCUUUUGACAAUGAUUUUUAG